AUGCACCGCACCUAUUCUAUGCGCCAGACCCGGGCGCCUACUGCCUCCCAGCUCCAGAACCCUCCCCCUCCUCCGUCAUCGACAAAGUCCGGCCGUCUCUUCAAGGGUAGCUUCGGACAUGCCCUUCGUCGAAAUGCCGGCGGUGCCUUCGGGCCCGACCUGGCUAAGAAGCUCUCCCAGUUGGUCAAGAUGGAGAAGAACGUGAUGCGCAGUCUCGAGACUGUCGCCCGCGAGCGGAUGGAAGUGGCACAACAACUCUCCAUCUGGGGCGAGGCCGGCGACGAAGAUGUCUCUGACGUCACCGACAAGCUUGGUGUGCUGCUCUACGAAAUCGGCGAGCUCGAAGACCAAUACGUGGACCGAUACGACCAAUACCGAAUUACGAUGAAGAGCAUCCGUAACAUUGAGGCGUCGGUGCAGCCCAGCCGCGACCGCAAGCAAAAGAUCACGGACCAGAUCGCCCAGCUCAAGUACAAGGAGCCCAACUCUCCCAAGAUCGUUGUCCUCGAACAGGAGCUCGUCCGAGCCGAGGCCGAGUCUCUCGUCGCUGAGGCCCAGCUGUCCAACAUCACUCGCGAAAAGGUCAAGGCCGCCUACACAUACCAGUUUGAUGCUCUGCGCGAGCACUGUGAGAAGGUCGCCAUCAUCGCCGGAUACGGAAAGCACCUCCUCGAGCUCAUUGAUGACACCCCAGUCACUCCCGGCGAGACUCGCCAGGCUUAUGACGGAUACGAGGCCAGCAAGGCUAUUAUUCAGGACUGCGAGGAUGCUCUCACCAACUGGGUUACGUCGAAUGCUGUUGUCUCGUCCAAGCUCUCGACCCGCGCACGAACUCUGUCGCAGCGACGCCGAAACAACAUCCGUGCUAGGAGCGAGGGACAUGAUCUCUCUGGCCAGGACGUCCCUCUCAACGACGGAAGCUCCUGGACGGCACGAGACCAUGACCUUGAGAGCGACGAGGAGGACGAGGAGGAUGUCCGAGGCUCCAUUAUGGACAGUGAUGGUGGCUUGAACGGCGAGUCCCGUGGACGCACCCAGGAAGUUGCCGCCGCUUAGAGAAAGUCGCCGGUGCGGAAUGGGAGCGUAGGCAGAAGAGCCACACUCGAUGGGAGAGCACCGAACGGCUGUUGUGAUAUGCUCUCCUAGGCUUUGUAAUGACGGGAAUGCGACCUAGGUUGCAUGAGGCGUUGAGGAUGGCUUCUGGCAGGAUGGAUUGUAAAAGGCUGAUUGGGCACUUUCUCUUGUAGUAGCCUUUUUGCUGUAUUUUUAGCCACUAAUAUUAUGUUCUCAUUGAUAUCAUCAUCAUCAAAUCUGGUUCCUCAUUUGGCU